AGCGCGAAAAACGGAAAAAAAGCAUGUCAACAGUUGAAAGAUGUAGCACGUUGAAAUCAGCUUAUUCCUGUGCAUGAAUCCGUCAGAAAGCAAUGGCUUUUCACUCCAUUUUCAUUGUGCCACCCAACUUGACCUGUUAAGAAGUCAUUAAAGGAGCAAGCACACUCACUUCCUGGCUCUUGAAAAGGAUUUUGGCUGGCUGUUUAUUCAUGUUAGCACUUUGGAAUAAAACACAUGAAGAGAACAGUAUAGGGAAAAGGCAAUGAAUCAGAACGAUUCGUCUGCCUCAGUUAUGGAAGCACAAGCAAUAGAAAGGGAGGAGAAAGCGGCAUCAGUGUUCAACUCCAACUCCAAAGCCACUUCCAAGUCUUCAGUAGUUAGUGCUGCUGCUAGAGCUAGAGCUAAAGCUGAAGCUGCACGCAGAGCCACAUUCGCUCAGAAGGAGUUAGAACUGAAAAGACAGAGAGCUAGAUUGGAUUUGGAAAAGGCUACAGUAGAAGCGGAUUUAGAAGCUCUAGGACUGGAAAAGGCAGCUGCUGCUGCUAUUGUAGAGGCUGAAGUUUUAGAAGCUGCAGCAGGACCAGAAUAUGAGGAUAGGUACAGCGCCAGGAGUCGCAUCUCAUCGCAGAUAACAUGUCAGUGUACAAAGGCAUAUGUGGAACAUCAGGCUCGAGCCAGCUUUGAAACUGCAUCGUCUGUGGAUAUAACUCCUCAUUGUUUUAAAGAAGCAUCGCCACCAAGACAGCAGGAAGCUCCUGAAUUAACCCCUGCACACAACUGUGAUGCCACGCCUACAAGGAACACACAGCAAAGUGAGUGCUUAUCAGCACCUCAGCCUCAGACAAGCCUGUUUAAGCGCUCCAACCCGCACUCUCAGCCUCUCAGCUCACCUCAGAACCCCCAGUCCUCCUUUAAAGCCUAUCAGGAGCAGAGCUCUCCCUCAUUCAGUCAUGCUAGCCAAUCAAACCACUUCAUACAGAGCAACCCACAGCAUUCUUCUUCUGCUCCAGCCGCUAACAUGAUAGACUUCUAAAGGCUUCUAAAAGAAUACAGACGUUGUUUCAAGUGCUGUUCUGGUACUCAUGUGGCUAGAGAAUGUCCAGCAGAGCUGAAAUGCAAUGAGUGUGAAAGCAAUCAACAUUGCACUGUCAUGCACCCAGACACUGCUGUCUCCGCUGCACCAUCUCCUCCGACAGAAUCAGACGUAGAACACCAAAACAGCUCUCCUCCAGAGUGACCUCCAGGUGCACCAAGGUCUGCGGCGAAGGUCUCCCACCAAGGUCCUGCGCCAAGAUAUGUUUAGUCCGGGUUUUUCCCCAAGGACAGCGAGAACGCUCAAUCAAGAUGUAUGCCAUCCUCGACGACCAGAGCAAUCGAUCACUGGCCAGGUCUGAGUUUUUUAAGAUGUUUGACAUCCAAGGGGACCAUACAGCUUACCUGAUGAGGACUUGUGCUGGAACCACGGAAAUGACUGGGAGAAAGGCUGUUGGUUUUCAGAUCGAAGCAUUGAAUGGUGAAGUGUGUUUGGACUUGCCUCCGCUCAUUGAAUGCAAUGAAGUUACGAGCAACAGAUCGGAAAUCCCUUCUCCAGAGAUCGCUCACUCCCAUGCUCACUUGAGAUCCAUGGCACCUCACAUCCCAAAGAUCGAUCCUAAAGCACAGAUCUUAAUCCUACUGGGGAGAGACCUCAUGCAAGUUCACAAGGUGAGAGAUCAAAUCAAUGGACCCCACAAUGCUCCCUUUGCCCAGCGUUUGGAUUUAGGAUGGGUUAUAGUAGGGAAGGUUUGCAUCGAUAGUACAUACAAGUCCACUGUAUCAGUCCUUAAAACCCAUGUCCUACAGAAUGGACGCCCAUCUUUUCUGAUGCCUUGCCAGAAUCACAUCAGUGUGAGAGAGAGAGUAGGCUACGGCGGGGAGCACAGACAGUCUAUCUCCGCACAGCUGACAACAUAUCCUGCCUCUGGUGUUACUGCAAAAGAUAAACUCGGACGAGAUGUGUUCGUGAGAACGGAAGAUGAUAACAAACUUGCCUUGUCCUUCGAAGAUGAGACCUUUCUGGAGAUCAUGCAAGCAGAGUUCAAGAGAGAUGAGCAAAACAGUUGGAUCGCUCCUCCACCAUUCAGAACACCCAGACCAUGCCUUCCAAACAACCGUGCUCAAGCUCUCUCCCAUCUUCAUUCAUUGCAAAGCACAUUGAACAAAAAUCCUACAAAUCAGAAUCCAGCUGAUUUAGCCACCAGAUCUGUACCUGCGUCACGGCUCACAGACACUAUGUGGUUUACAGGGCCAAAAUUCCUUCACAAACCACACCAACCAAAAACACCCAGAUCGUUUGAGCUGGUGGAUCCUGAGGAAGACGUUGAUGUGAGGCCUCAGCUGACCACUCUUGCUACUUCGCUCAGAGAAAGUGAACUCACCUCAGAACGAUUGCAAUGGUUCUUGACCUGGGAGUCCUUGCUGAGAGCAGUUUCCUUCUUGAUCCAUCAGAUUCACUCACACAGGACAAACUCAACAGUUACAUGUAAAGGAUGGCAUCAGUGCAACCAACCUCGCACUCCAGAAGAGUUAGAAGCGGCAAAGAUCGUCAUAAUCAAAGCUGCCCAGAGAGAUGCUUAUCCAGAAGAGUGUGUCGCACUACUAGAGAACAGGGCCAUACCAAAAUCCAGCACGAUUCUGAAUCUCGACCCUUUCGUGUGUGAUGGUCUCCUGCGAAUAGGAGGACGUCUGAGACAUGCUUCAGUCAAUCCUGAGGUCAAAAACCCAAUCAUUCUCCCGAAGCGAAGUCACGUCACAAGAUUGCUUGUGAGUCAUCAUCAUGCGAAAGUGAAACACCAAGGAUGGCAGUUCACAGAGGUAGCAAUCAGGGCUGCUGGUCUGUGGAUUGUUGCUGGCAAAAGAUUAAUAGGCUCAGUUCUUCAUCGCUGUGUCACAGAGGAAAACUUGAGACACAAAAGAUGGCUGACCUCCCUUCAGAACGUCUGAGCUCAUCUCCACCAUUCACGUAUGUAGGGUUAGAUGUUUUUGGAUCCUGGAAUGUGAUCAGUCGACGCACAAGAGGCGGAAUGGCUCAAAGUAAGCGAUGGGCUAUACUUUUUACAUGUAUGAGCACCAGGGCUUUACAUGUGGAAGUUAUAGAGUCCAUGGAUACUGCCAGUUGUAUCAAUGCCCUGCGAAGGAUCUUCGCCUUAAGAGGGCCAGCUAAGCAGCUGAGAUCAGACAGAGGCACGAACUUUGUGGGAGCCAGCUCUGAGCUGUGUAUGGAACGAGCUGAUCCAGGUCAAGCCUCCACUCUUAAGUUCCUCCACGAGAAUGGUUGUACCUGGGAAUUCAAUCGCCCACACGCAUCCCAUAUGGGAGGAGUCAGGGAGUGCAUGAUCGGCAUAACCCAAAGAAUUCUUGACUCCAUGUUGCUGCAAACCAGACAUACUCACCUGACCCAUGAAGUGCUUUGCACCCUCUUGGCAGAGCUAUCUGCUAACAUCAACGCAAGGCCUUUGAUCCCAGUCUCUUCUGAUCCCACUUCUCCAAUGAUGUUGACCCCUGCUAUGCUCUUGACCCAAAAACCGGGGAUACCUGCUCUACCUGGAGGCUUCAAUGAAAAGGAUCUCUUCAAGUGUCAGUGGAAACAAGUCCAAGCAUUGGCAAACGAAUUCUGGUCUCGAUGGAGGGAUGAAUAUCUCCACACCCUUCAGCCAAGAUGCAAAUGGCACACACCACAUCGUAACCUGCAGGUUGGAGACAUAGUGCUGCUGAAGCAGAGCCAGACACAUCGCAACGAGUGGCCGAUGGGGCUUGUCGUCUCCACCUUACCAAGCAGUGAUGGACAGGUCCGCAAAAUUGAAGUCAGGACGUCGCAAGACAAAAUAAAGACUUUCUUGAGGCCUAUCUCUGAUGUCUUGCUCCUGGCAAAAGAAAAUCAAAGUUAAAGUACAGAUGCUUUAGUGGCAUUAGUGCCAGACGGGGAGUGUUCGGCCCCAAGUGUUUAAUAUGUUAAGAAGAUCGAUUUUAUUAGAAAAGAUCUGUUUGUGUUUUUAAUUUUGAGAGUGCAUUGCUGAGCUUUUAUUUUGAAACUGUAGAAUACAGGAAGUAGGAAGCGCUGAGCAGCGUGAAAAACGGAAAAAAAGCAUGUCAACAGUUGAAAGAUGUAGCACGUUGAAAUCAGCUUAUUCCUGUGCAUGAAUCCGUCAGAAAGCAAUGGCUGUGGUGAACAGCGUGGCCGAUGAUGUUUUUGGCCGAAAGUUGGAGACUUCGGGUGGCAAAGAAGUUGUGGACCGUGCGUCAAUAUCGGUUCAAUGCCAUGCACAGUGGUGGGAUGGAGGAACCACUGGCGAGGAUGGAAAAUCUAAGCAAAGCAACAGGAAAGAGCACUGAACAAGAAUCUUCACACACGACUGAAGUACUGCACAAUGUUUGGGAGAAUGUCCCUAUGUAAAUAGCAGUGUUGGUUAAUCGGGAAGACGGAGGAAUACGUCCAUACAGAUUUGAACCUGUGUCUGUCAAUCAUGGUGAAUAUUUGGAUGGAGUCUGACUACUCUGAGGCAGACGCGCGGGACACACCAUCCAUCUUAUCAAUUUUGGAGUGUUUUUAGGACAGUUAUUAUGAUGCAAAUCUUUGUGAUGCGGUUUCCUUUCAUACUUUUACGUUGUCUUUGUGAUGCGGAAUUCUAGAAUGUUUUGAGGAAUACCUACAUGAGGACGAGAAAGACCGUCUUUGGGACAAAGUACACUGGUUGGGACAAACUACACAGACGCCUGCUGCCUUUUGUCUUCGGACAUUUGGACAUUUCGGGAUCAUUCGCUAACUUGGAAUAUUCGCUGGAAAGAACAUUUGCCUGUUUGGGAAUAAUCGUUCAACGCGGUGACAGCAACAAUGUACCAGAGGCUUACGGGGGAAGUUUUCGAAGGCUAUGCGAGUUGUCUGUCAGAUUACGUCAAAUGAUUGUAAGACAGCAGCUGAGCAACCUCCAAGUGUACGAGGAACGGAAGUUGAGGUGAACCUACGAAUUCGCUGGCUUCACCACUGCCUCAGGGGGCCAGAGCUGGCCAGAACAAGAGUGUCAGGUAGCGAACUGCAAUUGAAGAUGCUGUACCACUUACACCUGAUAUCUUCCACACUUCUCAGUCUAACUUGGACAGGAGCAGAACGGAGCUGAGCUCAGUCUUAAGAACUUUGGACAGCGACUCAGCGCUCCCAAGCGAGCCGAGCCGGGCUUCACCAGCAGCGUGACUCCGGCGCCGGCUCGGGAUAUGCGGUUGUCCCCCCGCCCUUGCGUCGCGGGCUGCAGCGGACUCGAGUUCAGUUCAUGAGCAGUGACAGCUGAGGUAUGCCCUCGAAGGCAGUGCACCCAGAGUUGCAUUCAGCAUGAAGGCGGCACAAGGGACUGAGCGAGUAGAGCACUCGAUGGCGAAACUUACGUAGGGCUGAAUCUUCUGCGAAGCUUAUCUAGAGUUGCCUUCAUACAAUUCCAAGACUUGUUUUGUUUUGCGCGCCAUGGGGAUAAGACACCUUCUGGUACUUCUCAUUUAUCUGGAUCCACUCAGUGUGCUGGGUGCAGCCACGGGUGGUAAAAAAACUAAACAGCCGAACAGGAAGGCUCCCAAAGCAACCGCGGCGCCCACGGCGGCCCCGCAGCCGAAGACGCCGCAGCCCGCACCGGCCAGAAACCACGACACCUGCCUGGGUUAUUACGACGUCAGCGGGCAGUAUGACAAAAUGUUCGAAUGCAACAACACGGACCACCGAUACUGCUGCGGGACUUGCUACCUGCGCUUCUGCUGCGAGUACAAGAAAGACAAACUGGAUCAAAAAGCCUGUAAGAACUAUCAAACCCCGGUGUGGGUGCAGACGGCCGCCCCGUCCCCAGUACCGACGGGGGAGACUUUUGAGGGCAUGGACCAGACCAAUACGGCGGUCUACAUCACCUGUGGGAUCAUAGCUUUCAUCAUAGUGAUGGGAGUGUCUGCCAAAGUUGCUUAUGACAAAGCAACAGAACCGCCACAGGAGAUGAAUAUACACAGGGCCCUUGCUGACAUCCUGAGGCAACAGGGGCCCAUUCCCAUUUCUCAAUACGAUUGUGAAAACUUUGCAGCGAUGAACGGGUCAUCCAAAGACAACACUCCAGUUCGAACCUCGUCGAAGAACCACUACACUCCUGUUCACACCUCCAAAUCCAACCACGGUCACUAUGCGAAGGAAAGUGUGCGGAGCAGUGGCGGUGCGGACCUUCACAACUUCAUCUCCUCUGGCUUUGUGACACUCGGGCGAGGUCCUCAGAAAGGAGAAAAACAUUGGCCAGUCCGCUCCCAGAGUCACCAUGGUACCCAUCAGCACAACUAUAACCAUGUGGCUCUAGGUAGCCCCAUACGCACACCUAAGAAUGCCCACCGAUCAUUGAGGCGUGAAAACAAUCGGAUAGGUGGCAUCCUGACCUCGCAGACGGAGCCCUACGACUUGUCUUUUUCACGCUCCUUCCAGAGUCUGUCCCACCUGCCGCCCUCCUACGAGGCGGCCAUCAAAGCCGACCUCAACCGCUUCUCGUCCCUGAAGAAACUGACCGAUAAAGAAGUUGAGGACUACUACACCCGUAAGCGGCACCUGCCUGACCUGGCAGCAAGAGGCACUCUUCCCUUGCAUGUUCUUAAAAUCACUCAAGACCAGCAUCGGGAACAACAACAGCUUCAGAGUCAGGUUCCGCAGUCUUCCAUCUUGCAAGCAACUCCCCAGUCACAGUCAUCCCAACAGCAGUCCCAGCAAAGACAGAGACCCCGCCGUGUCCAGAGAGCCAUGUCCCAAGAUCGGGUCCUGUCCCCACAGAGAGUCCCACAACAGGAUUACAACACAUCCUCCAAUGGUAUGUCGCCUUAUGGAGGCCGGAUUCUCUCAGACGAACAGCUGCUGUCUGCUGAACGUCUUCGAUCUCAGGAGCGACUGCUUCCACAAGACCGCCACACUUCCCAAGACCGUCUGUACACCAAAGACCGCAUGUACUCCAAGGAUCGACUUCUCUCACAGGAUCACCUCUACUCAAAAGACCGCCACUACUCUCAAGAACGACUCUACUCACAAGAUCGACUCUACUCUCAAGACCACCUUCUAUCCCAGGAUCCUCUGCUCUCGCCAGACAAGCUGAUGAUGUCCUUGAAGCGUGGCAUGGUCAGCAGUAUCUCCGGUGGGUUUUAUGGAAGUGACAAGUCCAUGUCGCGUGCCAUCUCCCAUACAGACGUCUUCAUCCCCACCACACCUCUUCUGGAUCGCUACAAGAUGACCAAAAUGUACUCCCAUCCCAGUGCCUCGAACAACGGCGGUGGUGGAGUCAGCGCUGGAACUCCAGGAGGAGCAGCGGCCCCACACUCCAAUACAUUAGCAAUGAACCAGACUGUAUCCAAGCGGCAGGCAUUUGCCGCCAGACGAACUCACACUGUGGAGCAGCUCCAUUACGCUCCACAGCAUCACCAGCAGCAACAACAUCCACAGCACUACCGCACAGGAAGCAAGACUGAAGUGACUGUGUAAUGGCAACCACAGAGUGCCUGAACUGCACAGACAACUGUAUCAUUGGCCUAGGUAAGCCGGUGUACUCACUACUCUUAUUAGAGUAGGGCAGUAGUGAUUUCAGUUUACCUUGACCCAUGUUCCAGGACCAAGGAUAUCCACUAUCUUAAUGUGAGAGACCGGUAAAAUGAGCUACACUGUACACUACAUUCAGAUUAUUUUUAUUUGGGAGUUACAAAAUUAUCAUUUAUUUCCCAAAUAUAGCUCCCACAUUUUCAUUAUCUUCAAUCCAUGCAAAGGCCCUGGCCUCAUUUUUUCUCUUUUCAAGCCUGGACUGACACCCCCCCCCCCCCCCCUUGUCCAGCCAGUCUCCUCUAUCAAUGAACUUUUCUGGCAAAUCUUAAAGGGCUUUGCACAGUGAAACCCACAGGCCAAAUUCCUCCUUGAUUUCUGAUGUGCAACACAGAUGAAGAGCUUGGAUGAACCUGUAAUAACAUUAUAAAUAUAUAAAUAAAUUGAUGGAAAUAAAACAUUUCUGCACCCUGUUGUACUCAUAACUAUGAAGCCUCUCAAAGAGAGAAGCUAAAAUGGAUGUUAUUUGCACUCUCAGGUGCCUAUAACAGAUGUUCCAUUUCUAAAAAUAAAGUGGUUAUGUGGGUUACAAAGCACAAUCAUUGAGAGGAAAAUAAUUACACUGUUUCUGAGUUUUUAGUAAUGGCUAGAAUUUUGUUGAACGCAAACCAAGAUAAUGAUAUAUUUUUGUUUUCUUUGCUUCAAGUAGACGAUUGUAAAUACGCUAUAUUAGAAACAUGAUCCUGGACAGGUCUGAAUUGAAUGGACUUAGUAUUAGACUGUCUGUUUUGAAUCGAUUCUAUAAAGAACAACGAAAAAUUGUCACUGUUUUGUGAGUUCAGAUUAGAAACCCACUUAACCAAGUAUUUGACGGGAAAAAAAGUAUUAUACUGUGUGUGUCUUUGCAAAACUGUUUAUAGGGAGAAAGGAAUGACUGUGAAGAUACAAAGUAAUACCACUGUUCAUACUUGGAUAUGUACUGUGUUCCACUGACAUCAAAGAAGGUGAAAAUGGAUUAUAAUGCUUGUGGGGACAA